AUGGACGCACAACUGGUUCAUCAGACAGGUCAUUGGGUGGUCCAGACGGAUUGCUCAAAUGCCUUCAACACGGGCAAGCGCACCGCCAUAAUGGCUCAGGCCGCAAAGAGCGUCCUAGAUCUCGUGGGGUACAUCGCCAGGUGUUACGACGAAAUCCCGGCAAAGGCGAUAUACACGAUGGACUCCGGAGAGCGUCGGACGAUCGAGUGCAAGAGCGGUGUGCAGCAAGGAGAUGGAAUGGGACCGCCCCUGUUCUGCUUCAUCCUAGUCCCGAUCGUCUUGAGGCUUAGAGCCAAGUACGACCACCUCGGGGUGAUACCGGACCUCGUCGACGAACUAGAAGCAGUGGGCAUCAUCGUCAACAGGGGGAAGAGCUCAGCGCUUCCCCCACCAGGGCACG